AUGGGUCCGUGUGAACCUACUGGCACAAUCGGACCCAAUUCAACGCUUUCCCAGCACGCAAAUUUUGUUGCAAACUCGCUCCAUCGAUUCGCAGUUCUGACAGAGAAAUAUUUGGACGUCUUAACCUCACCCACUCCCCCCAAUCAUGACGGCGAUACCGAGUUCAAGGUGAUUCUUGAAGAAUUGGUUUCCUUGGACCAAAGCAUUUCAGAAAAAAUCGACGAGCGUAAGGAUAACCUCAUAUCUAAUGGGUAG